AUGACAUCAUCAUCAUCAUCCUCGAAUUAUUAUUUCGUUAUUGUUGGUCAUGCUGAUCAGGUUGUUUAUGAAAUUGAAUUAGGUGGUACUACUGGACAAAUAGCACCAACAACAGACAACCGUCAUUUAAAUCAAUUUAUCGCACAUGCUGCACUUGAUCUUGUCGAUGAAGCAAUGUGGCGCAAUUCAACAACAUAUUUGAAACAAGUUGAUAAAUUUAAUGAAUGGAUUGUUUCAGCAUAUGUAACGGCUGGUGGUCUACGAUUUCUUUUUCUCUAUGAACAUUUACCACGUACUGGUGAAGAUGGUUUAAAAAAUUUUCUGACAGAAAUCUAUGAAACAUAUGUUAAACUUUUACUUAAUCCAUUUUAUAUACCGGAUAAACCGAUACGAUCAGGAGCAUUUGAUAAAAAAAUUCAAACUAUAGCUCGAAAAUGGAUUUUAUAA